GCCGUAGCACUUUGCCGAACGAGGUUAGAAUCAUGCCACCACACUAACCCAAUACGUCCACCGCGACAACAACCGAUCGCAUCGUGAGUUUGAACAACUUGGACAUGGACCAUUCCAUAUCGCUGCGCCCAUUUUUGGACUUUGCUGCACGGUGUUCUACUCCUCUUGAACUCCUCUCGGUUUUGGGUUCUAUCGGCGCCCGUCAUGGCCCCUCGUGUUGCGCCCCGCCGCCAGCGCGAUAAUGUGGACUACUCCGCGAUUGGAAAACUGGGAAGACGUACAGGAGUCACGUUGGAACAACGGCCCCUCGACGCCAACGGAAUGGAAGAGAUCUCGGGCAUGUUCUCUUCCCCGCGCAAGCAGUCUCCGUUGAAGAAAAUGACGACCAUGGAAAAUGUGGACGAGACGAGUCCAUCGCCGGAAGCGCAUGAAGAAAGUGUUAACAGAACCAACUUGAAUCCUACUCCGUUACGAACUCCUGCAUCUCGCGGAUCGACCAGGAGAAGAUCGGUGCUUCCCCCGCGAUCGACGUCGCCCAAGAAGACCGGUAUCAGUGGCACAGCUAGGAAGAGUGACGGGGUUGACAUUUUUUCCACGAGCAAACACGCGUUGUCGGAUGAUCUUGAAGACCGAGAAAACACGCCCGAGCCGACACCGAGUAGGAACGAGCAGUCACGGAGGAUCACUACUAGCCCGGCUAAGACACCGUUGAGAGACAUCGAUGCGAACGGUGUCAAUUCUGCGCCGAGGUCUCGGCGGAGACUGACUGACAUUGAACAAGAGCACUAUGAGGAGAAUCCUGAACCAGCAGAAAACGGCGCACCCGAAGUGGCUGAACCAACAUUGGAAGCUGUGGAAGUUGCGCAUGAAAUUCAGGAUUUUGUGGCCCCAUUUGGGGAUGACGACUAUCACGAUGACGGCCACGACGAAGCCACGGAAAACGAAAGCAAUGAACAGUCUGCAGGGCUUGGUACUGCAUUGGACGAAACUGAUGAUCAGGAGGCCAACCAAACAUUUGAACCAGAACGAUCUGAACCUCCAUCAAUACAAAAUCAGGCGAAUUCUAGGAGAAAGAGAAAGUCAGAUGUUAUCGACGGACCUCAGCCCUCGCCUACCACGACUAAGAAACGCAGGGGGGGAAGGCCCCCUGCUUCAGAGAAGCGAAAGGAGAGGGAAACGUCCAAGAGCAAGCUACCCUCGUCGAAAGCAAAAGCAAAGCCACCGCCAAAGCCCGGCAACCCAGACGUUGGGAUGUCUUCUCGUCAACAGCAGGAACUCGAUGAAGUCAUUGCCAAGGUGAGGGCGCGACCAGACCCUCCGAGAUCAUUGUACAUUCUCCGCCGAGAAACGCCUGCCGACGAUACCGUGACGCACACGAGAAGCGGCCGUGUAAGCAUCAAGCCAUUGGCAUACUGGCGAAAUGAGAGAUGUGUUUACGGCGGUAGCCCUAACCAUGCCAGCUUGGAUGAAAAUGCCCGAUUCCCUCUGAACAGUAUCAAAGAGAUUGUCCGGACUGAGGAAUUGGACAUGGCCAUGAAAAAGAAGCAAGGCAAGAGGAAGACAAAGAAGACCGGCCGAAAAGCCGCAAGCCGCCAACCUACGGCAGAGGCCUCAGAGAUAUCGGAUUCGGACACGGAAAUGGACGAAGACCCAGCCCAUGAUCCCCAUGCCGAACCCUGGGAAACAGAGACGGGCACCUUACGUGGCCUUGUCUCGGUAUGGGAUCAAGACGAGCAAGCUCCUCUGGAAGAAGAAGAGGAGGUGGAAAUUGCGCAUGCGCCUGGAGCCAUCAAGGUCCGCGAUGUCAAAGGCUCCAGUCUGCACGAAGGGCCGACUUUUAGAUAUGCCAAAUUGCUCAGCACCAACUUUUUUGGUACGGGACUGGUGGAGUUGCCUCCUGGCGGAGUCAAGCGGCCGAAGAACAGCCGAAGAAUGCACAUGAGUUUCUUUGUUGUCAAAGGACGAGUCACGGUCACGGUAGGCCCGGUCGAUGGUGAAGCAUCUGGAAGUAUGAGCCGGUUCAGUAUUGGCAAAGGGGGAUUUUGGCAGGUUCCAAGAGGUAACCAGUACUCGAUUGCAAACGAACUUGACAAGACGGCGCGUAUUUUCUUCAGCCAAGGGUGUGAGACCUCAUUCCAGGAGGAAGGAUCUUGAGUGACUUGGGGACCACAAUGCCUGCGGAAUUGAUACUUGGACAGACCCGGUUGCAUGGUUUGUUUGGUGAUAUGGGCUCCGACCCAUUAUCAUGAUGAUCAUAAUGAUAAUGAAUGGGCAUGUCGGAUCAAGUCCGCUUUUGUAAAUAUGUCGUAUGACGGUUUUGGUUGUCUAGCUUGUGAGAUUGCGGAUUCAGUACUACAGAUGAGUACGUGUGGACCGAAGUCGAACAGAUGAAUGUCAUGAUCUCGCUCUUGCGAUCAUCCGUUGUUUGCCUGUCUGUCAUUUACCGGAGAAUCCAGCAGAAUGCCGUUGGGCCCCCUACAAAGCUUGUGGCUGGAAUGAGCAUCUAACGUAAUAUCGACAGCUUGACGCAAUAUUGACGAAGCAGGUCGUACUGCCCAUGGGACGAAAAGAAAAAGAAGA